AGUUCGAAGAUAAAGAUGGUGAAAGUGGUGGUUGUUGGAGCAGGUGUGGUUGGGCUGUCUACAGCAGUCUGUAUGGCUGAGGCGCUCUCUUUAUGCUCUGUCACCAUACUGGCUGAGAAAUUUUCACCAGACACCACCAGUGAUGGAGCUGCAGGGAUCCUACUGCCUAAGGAGUUUCCAGAUGUUUCCCUGGAGCGUCAGCGAUGUUGGUUCAAGAACACUUUUGAUCAUCUGCUGGCUAUUGCUGAGUCACCAAGUGCCCCAGAGGCAGGAGUCUUCCUGAGCCCAGGAUACCAGAUAUUCAGAGAGGUCCCAUCUGAUACAAAACCCUACUGGUCCAAUUAUGUGUUCGGAUUUCGCACCAUGACAGAUUAUGAAAUGAAGAGAUUCCCCAAUCAUAAAUUUGGUCAAUCGUUCACCACCAUAAAGUGUGAAUGCCAAAGAUAUCUCCCAUGGCUGGAGAAAAGGUUUAGAGAUGCUGGUGGUCAGAUAAAACAGGAGAAAGUCACCAACCUCAAGCAGCUCACCCAUUACUAUGAUGUCAUUGUAAACUGCUCAGGCCUCGGGUCCCGUUCACUGGCUGGGGAUCAAGACAUCCACCCAGUGCGUGGGCAGAUUCUCAAGGUUCAUGCUCCCUGGGUGAAGAAUUUCAUUCGGGACGGAGAUGGAAAGACCUACAUAUACCCUGGCAUUAGCUACACUACUCUGGGGGGCACUUGGCAGAUGGAUGACUGGCGGUUGGAGGUGGAUAAGGGAGACAGUGAGAGCAUUGUAGAGCGCUGCAGUCAGCUGGUGCCAUCCCUGCACAGCGCCCAGGUGUUAGAGGAGUGGGUGGGCCUGAGGCCUGGCCGGAGGAAUCUGCGUGUGGAGAGCGAGCGGCUGCAGGUGGAGGGUCAUGAUGUGCUGGUGGUGCAUAACUAUGGCCAUGGGGGCUGUGGCAUCACUCUGAGCUGGGGCACCGCUCUGGAUGCUCUGGGCCUAGUGCGGAAUGGUCUCCAUGAACAACUGCCUCAUGCACGACUCUAAAUAUGUUGCCAGAUUGACUAACAUCUCUGCGGUGACAUGGUUAGAACACUUGGCAUGUGUUUUCUUACUGACAGCUGAAUAUGCAUAGAGACUUUAAUUUUUAAAGGAGAUUUUAAAAUUAUUUCUUGAACAUUUAGGUACAUAUUUUAGAGUAAAAUAAAAUUCACCACUAAUUAAAUCAUAUAAUAUUAUUUACAUAUCAUAGAUAAAAAUCUAAUUACCAUCCUAAUAUAAGUUCUUGUUUCACUUUUUCAAUAGCUUGAUUGUAGAAUCCCCAACAAACAUUAGCCAAUCCAAAAAUGCCUAAUUGUUGGUUCAGUAUCGGCUCAGGUCUACAGUUCUUUCUCAUUUAAACGUAAAUAUUGUACAAGUGCAGAAAAUGGGAAUAACUACAUUGCUAGCCUCGGCUACAAAUUGUCUACAGUACUUAUAAGUUAUUGUCAUUUAAAGCAUAGACACUUAAAAGAAUAAAUAAUGUUAAAAAUA